AUGGAUGUUUCAUUGAAACGAUUCGAUACAAAUAAAGAAGAUUCGAAAAGUCUUCAUAAAAUUCGUAAUCGAAUUCAAUCAUUAGUUCAAUCAAUAAACAGAUCAGGUGUUCAUAGUGUAAGCUACAUGUCUGCCGCCGGAUUUGAAUAUACAGGUGAUGGAGAUACAGUUCGUUGUAAGGACUGUGGACUUGAAGUAUCCAAUUGGACAUUAGAUAUGAAGCCAUUUAUUAUUCAUUCGACAUGCCAACCUAAAUGUUCAUUUGUCUGCUCUAUGGUGCCAGCUUCAUUAUCAAAUAUGACUGCUUCUUCCUCUUCGCGAAUAAUUGCUAUUAGAAAGGCAUCGAUAUCAAAUGAAGAAGAAAAUCCUUCUAAACGUCGAAAAAUCGAAAUAAUGGGUUCGGAGUCUGUUUCAAAUACUUUAUUUGAAGUAGAAUCAAUUCAACAAGUGCGAAGACGUACUUUUUCUCAUUGGUUAGAUCGUACUAUUCCAUCAAGUGCACAAAUGAUUGAAGCUGGAUUUUUUAAUUGCAAUAUUGGUGAUCGAGUAAUAUGUAUUUAUUGCAAUCUUAUUUGUCAACAAUGGACACCAUACAUAGAUGAUCCAUGUGAAGUGCAUAAAACACUUUCACCUACUUGUAUAUAUGUCAAAGCAAAACUGAUACAUCCUGUAGCUUCUCCUAUAAUUAUUGUCAAUGACGGUUCAACACAAACAACUUCAGACAAUUGUUCAUCAACAUCAAUGAAUCUCGAUCCAUUAGGAUCUAAUGAUAUUGUAUUUACAGCUUCAUGUAAUCCAGCUUAUUCAGAAAUACCAAAACGUCAUGCAUCUUUUGCAACAUGGUCCAAUGAAGAUUUACCACCAGUAGAUGAUUUAGUUCGAGCAGGAUUUUUUUAUACAGGUGCAAAAACUAUUGUUACUUGUUUUUAUUGUAAUGGAUCAAUAAAAAAUUGGCAUCGAAAUGAUAGUCCCAUGAUUGAACAUGCUCGUUGGUUUCCACAUUGCGCAUAUGCUCGACAAUUAUGUGGUGAUGAUUUAUAUCGUAAUAUUCAAGAAUUCAAACAAGCAAAGCGAAAACGUACCAGAACCCAUGAAUUGAAAGAAAGAACAAGUUCUAGUAAUAUGUUAAAUACUAACUUAGCAACAAAUAGUCAACUAUUAUUAAUACCUGAUGAAAGUACUUUAUUCAGACUUGUUGCUGCUCGAUUAGAUUUACCGAUGUCACAACGUUUAUUAGAUCAAAAUUUUAAAUUAUCUAUUAUUAAGCGAUGUUGGGAAGAUCAAUUACGAAUAAAAUAUGCUGAUUUUGUAUAUGAGUAUGAUUUGUAUAUUGCUUGUGUAAUUCUUCAAAAACAAAUUGAACAUAUUGAUGGUAAAAAAGAAAAUAUUGUCAUACCAAGCCUAAAAAUGAAACAAGUCAGAGAACAAAAUGAUAUUUGUAUGCAUGAAAAAACAUCAACUAUAUCUAAUGUUGCUCAAUCAGUGUCAAAUCUUGCAGAUGUUGAAAUGACUGAAUCAUUCCAAUCAUUAAGAAAUGAAUCUACAUCUUCUCAAUCUUCUAUUGUUUCCACAUCGAAACCAACAAUCACUGGUAAUGAAUGUGAAACAGAAACAACUAAACAAAGAAUUGAUGCUGCGCCAUCCAAUCCCUGCGUUCUGUGCCUGGAGGAGGAAAAACGAAUAGCUUGUAUGCCAUGUGGUCACCUGGCCACAUGUGUGGCAUGUGGUCAUUCAUUACGAUCGUGUCCAAUAUGUCGACAAGAAAUCCAAGCAUUCGUUAGAAUUUAUAUCUAG